AUGGGAUCAGUGCACUCUUCCAAUUCAGAAAAUGAGUACGAUAGUUUAACUGAUGAGGAGUUUGUGCCUGGUGUGGUUUAUUUUUCUGCAACUUCAUCUGAGGCUGGAGAUCCUGAGGGCACCUCCGAAGUAGAGACAUCAGAUGGGGAGGCAUCGGACCAGAAGGAGACAUCAGAUGGGGACUUACCUAAAGCCCCGAGCCAGCAGAGGAGGAUAUUAUCAGCAUUCCAGACUCACCAGAGAGCCCUGAGCCAGCAGAGGAGGAUAUUAUCAGUAUUCCCGACUCACCAGAGAGUCCUGAGCCAGCAGAGGAGGAUGUUAUCAGNUGCAAAGGAGGAUGUGAUCAACAUUCCCGACUCACCGGAGAGUCCCAAGCCAGCAGAGGAGGAUAUUAUCAGCAUUCCCGACUCACCAGAGAGCCCUGAGCCAGCAGAGGAGGAUAUUAUCAGCAUUCCCGACUCACCAGAGAGUCCUGAGCCAGCAGAGGAGGAUGUUAUCAGCAUUCCCGACUCACCAGAGAGUCCCGAGCCAGCAGAGAAGAGUAUUUUGAAUAUUCUCGAUUCACCAGAGAGCCCCGCACCAGCAGAGAAGGGUAUUUUGAAUAUUCNGAAUAUUCUCGAUUCACCAGAGAGCCCCGCACCAGCAGAGAAGGGUAUUUUAAAUAUUCCCAACUCACUGGAGAGUCUCGAACCAGCAGAGAAGGGGAUUUUGAAUAUUUCCGACUCACCGGAGAGUCCCGAACCAGCAGAGAAGGGUAUUUUAAAUAUUCCCGACUCACCGAAGAGUCCGGAGGAGGAUAUUCUGAUCAUUGAUGAGUCAUCAGAGAGUCCAAAGCCAGAAGGAUUGAGCAUGACUGAGAAAAUAAAACAGGGUAUGAAGAUUGAACUCGGUGACUUUCAGCAUCCCUACAAGCUCUGGGUGGCAACAGUUAUUGAAAACAUUGGAGGAAGACUUCUACUACGCUAUGACACCCCCGGUAGUUACUUCAAAGACUUCUGGAUAUUUUGUACCUCAGAGUCACUCCACCAUUGCGGAUUUACCUCCAGAUCCAGCCCCAAAUGGUUUCUAGAGCCCCCGAGCUCCAUCGUCGACGCUCAUCCUUACGAAGAAUGGAAAGAAGUGAUAGAAUCCUCUCAAAAAACGCUUCAAACUCCCGCGAAUAUUUUCUUAGAGCCUCCCGCCUACCCAACUCAUCAAUUCACUCUCGGGAUAAAGCUGGAAGCUCUUUGCCCUACUAACAGGACCCGCAUAUAUCCAGCCACAGUAGUGAAAGUUUAUGACGACACAUAUUUCCUCGUUCAAAUCGACAACAUGGAAAACAUCCAGGCCACAAACGUAGAUUCCAGAAAAUACGAGAGCGCCGAAAAAACCACUUGGCUCUGUACCUCCACCCACCCCUACAUCUUCCCCAUCAACUGGGCAAAGAGGCACAAUAUCAAAUUCUCACCCCCAAAAAACUGGAAAUCAAAUUCUGAAGAUUUUGAUUGGAAAAAGUACCUGAAAGAAACCGAAUCAGAAGCUGCCCAUACUGACCUUUUCCCCCAUCGUCAAUCAGCUGUUGAUGCGGGGUUUGAGGAGGGAAUGAGAUUGGAAGCAGUGGAUCCAAGGAACGAGAACAUCAUCUGUGCUGCUCACAUUGCGAAAAUCAUUGAGGAUCUCUUAUUUCUGUCCUUGGAUUAUUUUGACUGUCGAGUUGAUCACAUUGUUCACAUGCACUCUCUUCAAAUAUUUCCUGUAGGCUGGUGUGAGUCCAAUCAUUAUCCUCUAAAACCUCCACGAGAUUAUGUGGAAGUCUGCAAAAAACUGGGAAAACCGGAGAAGGAGGAGAACAUAAAACCAUUAUUGGAUAUUCCAAUUUCCGAACCCAGAUCGUCUCUCUGGUGUCCAAAGAUUUAUUUUAAUUAUCGAUGCUGUACGGGGCCGAUGAUAUCAAAAGGAAAGUUAGCCACACUUCCUAAAGCUGUAGGUCCUGGUCCUGUGAUUCUAGUUAUGAGGGAAGUUCUUUCUAUGAUCGUUUCUGUGGGGUAUAGGAGUGCUAGGAUUCUUAAAGUUCUUCAGUGUGAUACAAAACCUGAUCCCGGGUAUCAUCUAGAGGUCCUCAAGGCUAAACACAAAAAUAAUACAUACAGGGCGAAUGUUGCUGUGGUGACAUCAGGGGAGAUGGUCGCUGAUUUCUGUAAAAGUAUUUGUAAGAAGUUGAUGGUCUGUCAGAAUUUGUUUGGGCCUCAUGAGGUGGAGUUGGAUUGUCCUGAUAAGUGUAACCGAAUGACGAAGAGCAAGUAUGUAGCGAUUCCCAGUGGUAAACGAGGGAAACCGAAGGGAUAUGAGAGCAUUCUUGUGCAGAAACCUAAACCUUGGGGGAAGAAGAAGCGUAGGAGGCGAGGACGGUGGGCUAAUAAGAAUAAAGAAGAGUCUGAUAAUGGGGGGAGAGAAGAGGAGAUCAAUUAUUUGGCUUUAGAUAUGGAGAGGACUCAUUCGGAAGAAAUCGAAGAAAGUGUUGAUGGCAGGCCGCCGUUGUCGGAAAUCGAUGUUAUGAUUCAGAAGGGGGAAGGAGGGAAAGAAGAACUGAGUAAAAAUGAGGUGUGCUCCCGCCCAAGCCAGGACAAUAUAACCUCAAAAGUUGGGAGUUUCUCAGGCCAGCUUAAAAGAAGACUCCACUCACUGCUAACUGACGACGUAUUAUUUCGGGUGGAAGAGAGCACCUUCAUCCCUCUAUAUGGUUCGUGACACA